AUGCGGGCCUGCCAGGGAGCGUGCAGCAAGCCAGCGUCCUGUAUUCUACCACAGUCCGUCUCGCCCUUGGAGGACCUCAUCAUGAAGGCCACCCUCUUCAUCUCCGCCGCCCUCUCACUCGGCAGUCUUGCUAACUCCAAACCCGUUGGCCUGCCAUGCCCGGAUAAAAUCAUCGAUCAGAUCCUCAGCGGCAAGAUAGGAGCCGAGAUCUGCUGUCCCUAUGGCAUCUGCAAGGGCGACGUUGUUGUGAGAAUGGUGUAG